AUGGCCAUGUAUUACUUGACCAGUGCCUCCGCCUUCUUUGUGCUCUGCAUAUUCUUCAACGGUGUCUCAGCCUUGACAACAAUGAAAGAUUCACAUUCUGCGGGAAUGUCCAAUCUGACGAAUGUCAUUAUGAAUUCAAACUAUAAAAACUCUAGGCUGCUGCGUAUGGGAUUCGGGGAGAAAAUGGAGCAAGCUUGCUCAAAAGAAGACAUAGUAGUGAAUCAGAGCCCCGAAUCCCCCAUGCCAAACGGAGUUCCAUCAUACACCGUAGAAAUUCAGAAUGUGUGCACCACAGGCUGCUCAAUUGCACAAAUCCAGCUUACCUGUGGAUGGUUCAGCUCUGCAGUAGAGAUAGAUCCAAAAGUAUUCAAGCGUUUGAGCUACAACGACUGUCUUGUCAACAAUGGGAAUCCAAUAAAGGCCGGAGGCUCCAUAUCUUUCGUAUAUGCACAAACUUCUAAAUAUCCCAUGGCAGUCUCUUCCGUGAAAUGUGUCCCAUGA